CAUAUCAAUAUAUAUGCAUCCAUCCAUCCAUGGAAUAGCUAGCAAGUCCGGCCGAUUAAGCAAUAGCCACUCUAUGCACGACUACAAGAAUACAUCCAAUCUCCAAUUCAUGGGUGAUAGUAACGGCGACAGCAACGACGACGGCGAGGACACAAGAGUCCGGUGGUUGAUCGAUGUGGCCCGGUACACGGCGGCAGCCCUGGUGACCGCGGUCACCGUGGCGGUCAUUGCCAGGGCUGUCACCGUGUCCCUCCGCUCUGAGCCGAUCACCAUCGAAGUCGCCAAUUCGUCCGUCUCCGUGUCCGUGAAGGGCUUGCCGCCGGCACCGGUUACAGUGAGCAUCUCUCUGAACCUGCUGUCGUACAACCCAAGCGGCCGCGUCGGCGUCCAGUAUAGCAACGUCAACAUGAGCCUCCUCGACAGGAGCGGCAAGGCGAUCACCUGGUUGAGCGUUCCGAAUGGCACCAUCCACGGCAUCGUGGUGGGGCCGACAACGGCGCGGCAGACGCUGGUGAGGGGGGACCUCGUGGUGCCGGAUGAGGUACCCAGCGAGUUCGCCGAGAGGAUGCGUCCUCGCAGCAGGAAUGGGACGACGUCUGCAGGCCAGGAGAUCAAAGAGGCUGCCGUGCACCUUCGUGGCAUCCUCCAGACCCAGAUCUCCGGGUUCACCUACAGUCACGGCGGCGUCACCGCGUUCCGCUGCUUUCCGGUCACCAUCGGCGUCCCGCCGCUCCACCUGUCUGCAGGCGACGCGCCUUGCGAUAAGGUGCCGCCCUAGCUAGCUGUGCCUCUGCACGUGUUGUGCAGUUGUGGUGAUGAGUAAAUUAGACGCCUCGUCAUUUGAAUGAAAGUAAGCUGUGAGAUCGAAGUCAAGUGUGGUUUUGAAUUAUUAUCAACCCGCCCGUCGCCACGGGCGACGAAACAUGAAGAGAAACGCAUUAAGUCAUC